AGAGAAAAUUGGAGAUGGAGGAAAAGGAGAAGUGCUGGAAGAUGAGAACGAUUCCAAACAAAAGGGAAUGGUGAAGUGAACGAUGUUGGGCUUAGGUGGUUGUCCGAAAGGUCAAAUGAGGGUCUUUUUUCCCUACAAACUCCUAUUAUGUUACUGUUUCUUUUAUUUUAUUCUAUCUUGUUUUAUUUUGCUUCGGUUGCUUGAGAAGUGUGUGUUUAGUUUUGUAUAUCGGGAUCAGAGGGGUUUGUCUUGUUCUCUUUGGGGCUCAGUUGAUUAAGAUUCAACUCAUUGUUGCGGUCUAUUUGGAAGAUGCUUGCACUUGAACAGCUUGGUUGUGUUGAAGUACACGUUUCAGAGUUGUUCUCUG